AUGGACGCAUACGAAACGCGUAGAAAAAGUUGGGAAGAUUUGGAGGUGACCAAGGAAGAGUUGAAGAAUUUAACAGAGUGUCUGAAGAAGGAGGAGUUCCGUAAAUUGCUGAUCGAAUACGCCGAAGAGGUGACUGAUCCGGAAAAUAGAAAGAUUUACGAGAAAGAGAUUACGCAGUUAGAGAAGGAACGGGGCGUCGACGUUACCUUCGUAAACCCAGAGCCUGGUUACGUCAUAAAAACCAGCGUAAACGGGGACAGAAAAUGUUUCCUGAACAUCAGUAAAAGCGACAUUGUGACACGGCCGAGCAGUCAGCCUUCCUUCGAACAAGGUCAUCGUGGAUUACAAUGGUCAAUUCCCUAUACGCUGAUACCGCCUCGUGAUGACCUUGACAAGAAGAACGUACGUUGCACGGUGUUCGACGUGGUCUUUCAUCCGGACACCCUCUAUCUCUCGUCGAAAAAUGCGCAAUUUCGAGAAAUUGUCAAUAACACGGCCAUGGACGGGGUGGAGAGUAAUUUUAAGGUCAAGUUGGACCGGAAGAAUCUCAAGUUUCCAAAGAUGAAUUACAAAGGAGUAUGUCAUCCUACUGUGAUCAGAAAGCCAUCCAAGGAACCAGCGAAAAAAGAACUGGACAUCGAUCCGGAGAUCUAUCAGAAGCUAAUGUCCAGUUACGACCAGAGCAGAAAAGAACAAUUCGUGGAGACAAUGCCAAAGCGUCCCUCCCCACCUACGACGUACUACAAAGAGAAAGUGGAGGAAAAUGGAGACACAGAUAGCAGAUAUGUCACACCAAAGUUCUCCAUAAAGUAUCAGUCAGAUGUAGAAUUGGAGGAUUUUAGUAAUAAUAGAAAUGCAAGAAUGAAUGCUACAGUACCUAAGAUAUUAAUCGUCACUGUAGACCUACCCCUAUUAAAAACACCCGCUGAUGCUUCCCUAGAUGUUCGAGAACGUUUUCUUAGCAUAAAAAGUGAGAAACCAGCAAAGUAUUUAUUAGAACUUCCACUGCCUUAUUGCGUGGACGCAGAUUGGGGUAAUGCCAGGUUCGAUCCAAAAUACAAGAAGCUGAUUGUGACACUACCGGUUAUUCGACCCGUCGUGCCAAUGUCUGAUGCAAGAGAAGACAGUGGAGUUGACAGUGGUCAUGGUAGCCCAGUACCAGUGCUGUCCGAAGAUUCUGCAGUCUGCAGCAAACUUUUGGAUUCUGCUUCGAGCCUAGUUGAAGAAUGUGAAACAGUGCAAGCUAGAAAAUUAAGGAACCAACGUGACCAUCUAGAUGAUUCUAGUGACACAGCACUACGGACUAGCACAGAUAAUACAGACACAUUUCUAGAUCCUAGCAUUAAGUAUUCACUGCCAACAUUUAUUUGUAAUAUUUAUAAUAAUCAGUUAGCAAUUACCGUAAAUGUGAAAAAUGUCGACCCAAAUUCCAUUCGCCAUAGAAUUUUACGGAACGAUUUAGGAGUACACGUUUUACUAGCAUCUAUAGGCGCAGGAUUUUUCCCGCAGUAUUACUCGUUGUGCUUAAAAAUCGCCGAGUAUUCUGUAGAAUCAGAUUCCCUUACGGUCGAACCGUGGGAUAACAAUGUUGUAUUUACCGUAACGUUAAGAGAUACGGAAAACUUGGCGCGAUACUACGUUGGUAUAGACGAAGAAUUCAUGGAAGAGAAGGAUUUCCCUACUGCUACGUCGUUUAAGAACCAGCUGGACCAGUUAACCGCCAUGGAAGACAACGACUUGGACAUUGGUCGAACGAUCGACGUGCAAGCUGAGGACGACGGUGUUGUUAUUAACAUAACGCCGAAUCAUUUAGAUUCGGACGACGAUGCCGAACAACAAAGUGUAGAAUCGAUAAACGGUCGAGAAAACUUACGUCACACCCUGUCAAAGACUAGAUCUGUUUCAGAGAGCAGCGGGGAUGAACAAACAAGUAAUAGUGCAAUUACAGGUUCAUUCUCGAAAGGUAUAUUGAAAUCGCGACGUAAUCACGAAUUUUCACGUUCAGUAUCCGAAUCUAGCGCGGAUGAUAACGGAAUGGCCGCAUCGUCCGUCGAUUACCAUUACGAUUCGGAACAAGAUGUACAUUUUCAAUCAGACUGUUCCAGCCUGAAGAAGACAGUGCGAUUCAACGAUGUAGUAUCGCGACAAUUAUUUAGGUCUAACUCUAGUAUACUUGGUCAGCGUAAGAAGAAUCAACGUAAGUUACGAAAUAAACGGCGAGCUCACGAGCGUAGAAUGAGCGAAAGCGAGAACUCCGAAACGGAGGAGCGUGACAAGUACAAAACUAAUCAAAAGAACGCGGAAGUCUGCGAGACUGUAAAACCUAUACUUAAUAAGGAGAAACAAUCGGCUCAACAGAAAACUGCCAAUAUCGAGAUCCGAAAGGGAGCAAGCGAUAAUAGUCAUUCCUUGCCGAAGAGAAAAUCGAACGUCGAGGAGGAGAUUGCGAAUGAAAUCGAUUCGGGUAGCCCUGAAACUGCCAAGGAUUCCGUUAAGGCAGAAUUUAAGAACGACUUAAUAUUCGACCUGGAUAUGUAGAUUUUCGUAGUUUAUCAACCAUGGCAUUUGGUAACGUGUAUGUGAUAAUUUUUUAAAGUUGAGCGAGUCGCGAUGGUUUAUUGACCGUCUUAGAAAGAUUAUUAUUGGAAAAACUGGUUACUAAUGGGAGGGGGAAAAAAACAUUAAAUCAACUUAGAACCAUGUGAUAAUUUGUUAGUAAUUAACCAGUAUAAGUAUUAAAAGAGAAGUGGC